CAGCUGUGUGCUGUCGCCCAGCGUUUCUCUGGAGGGAAGCUGGGGAGGCUUUGGCGGCUUGGGAGACCAUUAAACUUUAACAUAACUGGACUGGGGCAAAUCACAAAGUCGGAGUCAGGUUGAGACCCUAGUGGAUGGCAAGUGAGGCUUCCUUACUGUCAGGAUAUACUGCGAGAAUCUUUUGCUGAGCUUCUAAAACCGGCCCAAAAUGGCGGAUACUGAAGAUUUUGAUGAGCUUGGGGAGGAGGAGGAGGAGGAGGAGCUUGACGAGAUAAGAUCGUCUGUCACUGGCACGAGUCAGUUCCUUCAGUCUGGGUUGCCCACCAGGAAAGUCAGGAAGAAGGUCAAGGUGGACACUUCCAAGUUCAUGACUCCAUACCUGGCCCACAGCCAGAAGAUGCUGGAGCAGUACAGCCACAAUAAGUACCGCCAGGCUUAUGACAUGUCCAGAGGGACGCCUCCUGCCUUCAUCGCUGACACCCCUGAACUGAUUCGUAUCAGGAAGGCCCAGGAGCAGCUUAGUGAGGUUAAAUACCGCAUGGAGGGAAUUAAGGCUCGCACCACCAGCAUGUAUGAUGGUGAGGCCAGGGAGAUCGCCCACGUCAAGCAUGUAUCUGAGCUGAUCAGCAAGGUUCUGUACAGACAGAAGUGGGACGAGGCUAAGGACAAGUACCUGCUGCCACCCGAUGCUCCUGAGCUGGUUCUGGCUGUGAAGAAUGCUGCUAACUAUAGCAAAAAACUUUACACGGAGGCCUGGGAUGAAGACAAGACCCUGUACUACCCUUACAGCGACAGCCCCGAGCUGCGCAGGGUGGCUAAGGCUCAGGAGGUCCUCAGUGAUGUUCACUAUAAGAAGGGUCAUGACGAGCGCAAGGCCAAGUACACCUCCUUGCCUGAUCCUCCUGAGGUGGAGCUGGCCAGGAGAGUGGCCCAUCAGCGCAGUGAUCUUAAGUACAAGGAAGAUUACAAUAAAAACGUGAGGGGUCAAUGGUGUGAGACGCCCUAUUUCGACGUGGCCACUGCCAGGGUGGCGAUGGACAACCUCAGCGAUAGAAAAUACACGCAAGAUUACGAGAAUAAAAAAGACCAAAUUUAUUUCAUGCAAACAGACACGCCUGUUUACGACACAAACAAGAAGGCUCGUAUAGCUGCUAGUGAGGUCCAAUACAAGAAGGAUUAUGAGAAGACAAAAGCACAAUGUGACUACAACACGCUCCCCGCCACAGAGAAUCCUCUCCUGAGACAGCUCAGAUAUGCUGGCACCAUCCUCAGUGAUAAAGUAUAUAAGGCCAACUAUGAGAAAUCCAGGGGUUUCAGCAUCAACUAUUGUGACACACCCAAGUUUCAGAUGGACUCUGUACUCAAAAAGUUCAGUGAUGCACGUUACAAAGAAAAGUACGACAAUGAGGUGAAGGGCCACUACAUCGGCAGCUAUGAGGACCUCUAUAUGCUUCACUGUCAGAAAGUUGAGGAAAUGAAGAAUGAGCAAUUAUAUAAGGCUGAAUAUGACGACAUAAAAACUAGAUGCUUCUUCCCUCAAACAAUCACGCCUGAAUACGAAGCCACGAAGAAGCUUCAGCAGUGUACCGAUAAAGCUUACCGGCAACAUCCAGACACAGUGAAGUUCACACAAGUGAUGGAUUCGCCCGUUAUGGUUCAAGCCGCCAUCAACGCCAAACAGCUAAGUGACUUGAACUACAAGGCAAAGCAUGAGGAAACAAAGUUCAAGUGUCAUGUGCCCCCAGACUCUCCCUUCUUCAUCCAGUCCAGAGUUAACGCUUUUAACCUCAGUGACAAUUGUUACAAGUAUGAUUGGGAGAAAUCUAAAGCGAAAAAGUUUGAGGUCAAGGGCGAUAGCAUCUCCAUCCUUGCUGCCCGUGCUCACACAAACAUUGCCAGUGAUGUUAAAUAUAAAAAGGAGUAUGAGAAGAACAAGGGACAGAUGGUUGGAGCCCUGAGCAUCAAUGAUGAUCCCAAAAUCUUACACUCCGUUCAUGUGGCCAAAAUCCAGAGUGAUCGUGAGUACAAAAAGGACUAUGAAAAGAUCAAAACCAAGUACCACACUCCACUGGAUAUGAUGGCAGUCACCUUGGCCAAGAAAUCCCAGUCGAUUGCAAGCAUGGCUAAGUACAGGAGCAUCAACCCCAACUACUUCCUUCCCUAUGAUAGUAUUCUGCUGCAACUGGCCAAGCAAGCCAACGUCAUACAGAGUGACAAUGAGUACAAGUCUGACUACAACACCUAUACUAAGGGUAGCCCAUGGGUCACCUUUGGCUCCAUGGAGGUGGAAAAGGCUAAGAAAGCUGCUGAGAUCCUUAAUGAGAAAAAAUACAGGCAACACCCAGACACCAUCCCCUUCACUUCUAUUGAUGACCACCCCAUCAUGAUGCAGGCCAAAGUCAACCAGCUUCAGAGGAGUGAUCGGUUCUACAAGAGAGGUCUUGAGGAAAUCCAUCAGAAGUACUCUCUGCCUCCUGAUGUCCCUGAGUUCAUUCAGGCCAAGUGCAAUGCCUACAACAUCAGCAAGAACUACUACAAGUAUGCCUGGCAGGAGCAAAUUGCUAAGGGAUAUGACCUGAAGCCCGAUGCCAUCCCUGUUGUCGCCGCCAAAGCAGCCAGACAUGCUGCAAGUGACGUCCAGUAUAAAAAGGCUUAUGAGAAGGCCAGAGGCCACCAUGUUGGUUUCCGCAGCCUCCAGGAUGAUCCUCUGCUGGUUCAUUACAUGGAAGUGGCUAAGUUGCAGAGUGACAAGAACUACAAGAAGGACUACCACAAGGCCAAACUGAAGUAUCACUCCCCAGUGGACAUGAUGAGUUUAGCUCAUGCUAAACAUGCCUCAUCAGUGCAGACCUUCGCUGGCUACAAGAAGCGCCACCAUAAUUAUUGUCUGCUGCCUGACGCUAUGGGUCUAGAACUUGCUCGCAACAUGAACUACAAUUCCAGUGAUUUCAACUACAAACUGGAUUAUGAGACCUCAGUCAAGGGAAUUGGCUGGGUUCCGAUUGGUUCCUUGGAGGUAGAGAAGGCCAAGGCAGCAGGAGCAGCUCUGAAUGAGAAAAAGUACAGACAGCAUCCUGACACCCUUAAAUUCACCAGUACCACUGACUCCAUGAGCAUGGAGUUGGCCAAAGCCAACGCCAAGAUCAUGAAUAUGAAAGAGUACAAAGCCAGUGGAGAGAAGUUCAUGCACACCUACCAUCUCCCUGCUGAUGCCCCUGAACUGAUGCAGGCCAGAUACAAUGCUGUCAACAUCAGCCAGAGUUAUUACACUUAUGCUCAUCGUCAAGAUCUGCUCAAAGGACAUCAUGUGAAGGAAGAUGCCAUUCCUAUUGUUGCAGCCAAAUCUUCAAGAGACAUUGCCAGUAAUUACAAGUAUAAGCUGGCUUAUGAGAAGGCCAGAGGCCACCAUGUUGGCUUCCGCAAAGUUCAGGACGAUCCUCUGCUGAAGGACUACCACAAGUCCAAGCUGAAGUAUCACUCCCCAGUGGACAUGAUGAGUGUGGUCCAAGCCAAGCAUGCCUCUACUGUUCAGACCAAUGCUGGAUACAAGCAGGUCGUCUCCCGUUACACCGUGAUGCCUGAUGCCAUGAACCUGGAACUGGCUCGUAACAUGCAGUUCAUUGCCAGUGAUAACCAGUACAAGAGUGAGUAUGAACACUACAUUAAAGGAAUUGGAUGGGUACCUAUUGGGUCACUGGAUGUAGAGAAAGCAAAAGCAGCUGGACUGGCCUUAAAUGAGAAACAGUACCGUCAGCUUCCAAGCAACUUCAAAUUCACCAAAGACAUGCACUCUAUGGACCUGGUGCUCGCCACUGCCAACAACCAGAUUAUGGAUAAGAAAUCCUACCUGAAAGCCUGGGAAAAAGACAAGAGUACCAUCCAUAUAAUGCCUGAUGCAAUGGACAUUGUAUUGGCCAGAGGAAACAAGAAAAUCUACAGCGAGAAACAGUACAAAUUGGAUAAUGAGCUGUCCAAGAAGAAGGGCCACAAUUUCCGUGCUGAUGCCAUUGCAGUCCAGGCCGCCAAAGCCUCCACUGCCAUUGCUAGUGACUACAAGUAUAAGGCAGGAUACCGUAAGCAGGUCGGCCACCACAUUGGUGCCCGCAGCAUCCAGGACGAUCCUCUGCUCGUGCUGGCUCUGAACUCAGCCAAGAUCGCCAGUGAUGCUCUGUACAAGAAGGACUUCAACCAGUCUAAGACCAAGACUGUUCAGACUAUGACUGGAUACAGGAAGAUCCCUCAUAACUUCUUCCUUCUUCCGGACAACAUGCACCUGCAGCUGUGUCGCAGCAUGAUGGAGAUUCAGAGUGAUAAUGUCUACAAGUCUGAUUACAGCAACUACUGCAAAGGUCUAGGGUGGGUCCCUAUUGGUUCUCUGGAUGUUGAGAAAGCCAAAGCUGCUAAAGCUGCACUGGAUGAAAGAGGCUACCGCCAGCAUCCCAGCAACUUCAAAUUCACAAGCAAGACUGAUGCCAUGAACAUGACUCUGGCUAUGACCAACACAAAGCAGAUGGACCAAGCUUCCUACAAGGCCUCUGGCGAGAAGUUCGUGCACACCUAUAAUCUGCCAGCUGACGCCCCUGAGUUCCUCCAGGCUAAAUUCAAUGCCCAGACACUUAGCGAGAGCCACUACAAGCACAAGUGGUUAGAAGAUAUUGCCAAGGGAUAUGACAUGAAGCCUGAUGCUAUUCCUAUCUUGCAUGCCAAGCAAGGCAGACAUAUUGCCAGCAACGUGCAAUACAAAAAGGAGUAUGAGAAGGCCAGGGGCCACCACGUUGGCUUCCGUAGCCUCCAGGACGAUCCCCUGCUGGUUCACUACAUGGAAGUGGCUAAGUUGCAGAGUGACAAGAACUAUAAGAAGGACUACCAAAAGUCCAAGCUNUUUGCUGUCUACAAAGCUGACCUGAAGUGGCUCCAGGGCCUGGGCUGGGUCCCUAUUGGCUCAGUUGAAGUGGAAAAAGCCAAGAACGCCGGACAGAUUUUGAGUGAGAGAAAAUACCGCCAGCACCCCAGCACUGUUCCAUUCACGAGCCCCACAGAUGCCAUGAAUAUUGUGCUGGCAAAGGGUAACGCUCAGACCAUGAACAAGCGUCUCUAUGUUGAGGCAUGGGAGAAGGAUAAGACCCAGCUUCACAUUAAACCUGACACUCCUGAGAUCGUCCUCUCGCAACAAAAUGCAAUCAACAUGAGCAGGAAACUAUACAGACAAGGUUUUGAGGAAACCAUCAGCAAAGGCUAUUUCCUCCCUUCAGAUGCCAUCUCUGUGAAGAGUGCUAAGGCCUCCAGAGACAUCAUCAGUGAUUACAAGUACAAGACAGGGUACCGCAAGCAGGUCGGUCACCACAUUGGUGCCCGCAACGUAGAGGAAGACCCUCUGAUUAUGCUGGCUCUGAACUCAGGCAAGAUCGCCAGUGACGCUCUGUACAAGAAGGACUUCAACAAGUCCAAGACCAAGUUCAACCUGCCAGUGGACAUGUUGAGUCUUGAGCUGGCCAAGAAAUGCCAGAUUCAGGUCAAUCACGCUAACUACAUCACCCGCCUGCACCAGUGGACUUGCCUUCCAGACUCCAAUGAUGUGGUUCAGGCCAGGAAAGCUUAUGACCUCCAGAGUGAUGCCGUGUACAAAGCUGACAUGGAUGAGAUUGUAGGCGUAGGAUGGGUCCCCAUUGGUUCGCUGGAUGUGGUAAAAGCCAAGCAUGCUGGGAAAAUCCUCAGUGAUCGUCUCUACAGGCAACAACCACACACUUUCAAAUAUAAGAGUGACAUGACUGCCAUGCCCAUGGUCUUGGCCAAAUCAAAUGCUGAGAUCAUCAACAAGAGAAACUACAUUGCUGCUUGGGAAGCUGAUAAAAUCAAGACUCACGUGACCCCUGACCUGCCUGAGCUGUUGCUGUCCAAAGCUAAUGCAUACAACAUCAGCAUUAAACAAUACAGGGAAGACGUUGAGAAGAUCUUCAGAAAGGGCUACGACCUUAGGGCUGAUGCUGUCUCUGUUAUUGCUGCCAAACAUGGAAGAGAAAUAAUCAGUGACUACAAGUACAAGGCAGGAUACCGUAAGCAGGUUGGCCACCACAUUGGAGCCCUCAGCGUCAAUGACGACCCUCUUAUUGUACUGGCUCUGAACUCAGCCAAGAUUGCCAGUGAUGCACUGUACAAGAAGGACUUCAACAAGUCCAAGACCAAGUUCAACCUGCCCGUCGACAUGCUGAAUCUUGAACUUGCCAAGAAAUGCCAGAUCCAAGUCAAUGACUUCAACUACAGAACUCAUCUGCACAACUGGACCUGUCUGCCUGACUCCAACGAUGUGGUCCAGGCCAGAAAGGCUUAUGACCUGCAGAGUGAUGCCGUGUACAAGGCUGACAUGGAAUGGGUCAAGGGAAUGGGAUGGGUGCCAAUUGGUUCGCUUGAAGUGGAGAAAGCCAAAAAAGCUGCAGAGAUUCUGAGUGAUCGGAAGUACCGUCAACAUCCCAGCAACUUCAAGUUCACUGCCAAGACAAGUGACAUGCCAUAUGCCCUCGCUCUGGCCAAUGCCCAGAUCAUGGACAAGAAAGCUUACAUUUCUGCCUGGGAGAAAGAUAAAGUCAACCUCCACGUCAUGCCUGAUACCCCAGAGAUCGUCCUGGCCAAGCAGAACAAACUCAACACCAGUCUGAAAUAUUAUCGUGAAGGCUUCAUGGACACCAUCAACAAGGGCUACCACCUUCCCAAAGAUGCAAUUUCUGUUUUGGCAGCCAGGAUGUCCCGAGACAUCGUCAGUGAUUACAAAUACAAGGCUGGUUUCCGCAAGCAGUGUGGCCAUCAUAUCGGUGCACUCAGCGUCAAUGACGACCCGCUGAUUAUGUUGGCUGCUAAUGCAGCCAAGAUCUCCAGCGACAAUAUCUAUAAGAAGGACUUCAACAAGACCAAGACCAAGUACAACCUCCCAGUGGACAUGCUGACAAUCGAAUUGGCCAAGAAAUGCCAGCAGCAAGUGAAUGACUUUAACUACAGGACUCAUUUGCACCAGUGGACAUGCCUGCCAGACUCCAAUGAUGUGGUCCAGGCCAGAAAGGUCUACGACUUGCAGAGUGAUGCUGUGUACAAAGCUGAUCUGGAGUGGCUGAAGGGAUGCGGCUGGUCACCUCAGGACUCUGUGGAUGUUGUCAAAGCUAGAAAUGCCCAGACUGUUCUCAAUGAAAGGCUGUACCGCCAGCACCCGAGCACUGUCAAGUUUACCAGCGUUGUCGACCUCCCGGCUAUUGUCUUGUCCAAGCAGAAUGCUGACAACCUCAGUGAUUGGAAAUAUAGGGAGGUCUGGGAUAAAGACAAGCUCACCAUUCACCUGCCAUCUGACAUCCCCUCCGUUGUACUGUCCAAGGCCAAUGCUGUUGCUAUCAGCAAUAAACUGUACACAAAGGCAUGGGAUGACCAGAAGGCCAAAGGCUACCAUAUCAAGGAGGAUGCUAUCUCUGUGCUGAAGGCCAGAGCUUCCAGAGAUAUAAUCAGUGAUUACAAGUACAAAACAGGAUACCGCAAGCAGGUUGGUCACCACAUUGGUGCCCGCAACGUAGAGGAAGACCCUCUGAUUAUGCUGGCUCUGAACUCAGCCAAGAUCGCUAGUGAUGCUCUGUACAAGAAGGACUUCAACAAGUCCAAGACCAAGUUCAACCUGCCAGUGGACAUGCUGACACUUGAGCUGGCCAAGAAAUGCCAGAUCCAAGUCAAUGACUUCAACUACAGAACCUAUUUGCAUCAGUGGACUUGUCUGCCAGAUUCUAAUGACGUGGUGCAAGCCAGAAAGGCCUACGAUCUCCAGAGCGAUGCUGUGUACAAAGCUGAUUUGGAGUGGCUACGUGGAUGUGGAUGGAUGCCACAUGAGAGUGUGGAAGUUAUGAAGGUGAAGAAUGCUCAGAAGGUCCUGGCUGAUAGAGGCUACCGUGUGAAGUUGGAUGAACAGAAAUACACAGUUCCAACUGACAGAGUUGACAUUCUCUGUGCCAAAAAUGCUGCUGAAGUCCUGAAUGAGGCCAAAUAUCGUGAGGCCUGGCACCAGGACAAGACCAAAUACACACUGACCGACACUCCAACUCUUGCCUCAGCUAGGGAAGCGGCUAAGAACGUUCACCCGAAACUGUACACCGAAGGCUGGAACAAGGUCAAAGCUACAGGGUAUUUUAUGCCUGGAGACGCUGUACCCAUCAAGCAGUGCAUCCUUACGAGUAAAGUGCAAAGUAAUCAUAAGUACCUGGAGUCAUACCGCAAGCAGGUCGGUCACCACAUUGGUGCCCGCAACGUAGAGGAAGACCCUCUGAUUAUGCUGGCUCUGAACUCAGCCAGGAUUGCCAGUGACGCUCUGUACAAGAAGGACUUCAACCAGUCUAAGACCAAGUUCAACCUGCCAGUGGACAUGCUGCAGUUUGAACUGGCCAAGAAAUGCCAGAUCCAAGUCAAUGAUGACAACUAUAGAACUCGCCUGCACCAGUGGACUUGUCUGCCGGACCAGAACGAUGUCAUCCAGGCCCGCAAAGCCUAUGAUCUUCAAAGUGACAAUGUAUAUAAGGCUGACCUGGAAUGGCUCCGUGGAUGUGGCUGGGUGGCAGCCGACUCUGUUGAUCACGUCAAGGUCAAGAAGGCCCAGGAGAUUCUCAAUGAGAGGCUUUACAAGAAGGGUGCCAAAGAAGCCUUUGCAGGCUUCACCCUGAUCGUGGACCGCCCUGAGAUCGUUUUGGCAAAGACUAAUGCUGCCAACCUCAGUGAUCUGAAGUACAAAGAGGCCUUCAAUGCAGAAAAGGGUCAUUACAUUGGUUCAGAAGAUACUCCUCAGCUGGCCCACAGCAGGGAGGCAGCUAAGAUCAUCAGUGAGAAACUCUACAAGCAGACUUGGGACGAAUCCAAGGCUACAGGCUACCAGCUAAACCAUGAAUACAUCCCACUGGUCACCGGCAAGAAGGGCAGGGAGAUUGUUAGUGACGCCAAGUACCAUAAAAAUCACGAGUUGGCCAAGGGUCACUACAUGGCUGGAACUCUUGUGGACUUCCCUGAAGUGAUGCGCUGUGGAGAGCAAGAGAAGGGCAAAGGCCUGAGGCUCUACCAGAAGGACUAUCAUCAAAACAAGACCAAGUGCCAUCUCCCACCCGACAUCAUCGCUAACCAGGUUGCUAAGCGGUGCCAGGACAUGCUGAGCGAUGUCCUUUACCGCACCUACCUGCACCAGUGGACCUGCCAUCCUGAGCAGGAGGACGCCAUUCGUGCCCGCAAGACCAAUGAGAUUCUCAGUGAUGUGUUCUACAAGGAUGACCUGAACUGGAUGAAGGGUAUCGGUUGCUAUGUCUGGGACACACCGGAGAUUGUGCGCGCCAAGAAGUCCUACGAGCUGCAGAGUGAUCUCAAAUACAGAGACGAGGCCAAGAAAGAAUUCAACAAUUACUCCAUUGUGACGGACACCCCAGUUUAUGUGACUGCCGUCCUGGGUCACACCUGGGCCAGUGAUCUCAACUACAGGGAGGCGUAUCAUAAGGAGAAGCACUUGUACACCACUGUUCUGGACACCUACGAUUAUGCCAGAUGCCACAACUUCAAACACUUCUUCAGCAACAAAAACUACACUUCUGCCUGGGACAAAAUCAAAGCAAAGGGCUACCAGAUUCCCCAUGACUCCCACGCCUUGCAGCACGCCAAAAACCAAAGGGUUGUUCUCAGUGGCGUGAAGUACAAGGAGGAUUAUGAGAAGUUCAAAUCCCUCUACAGUCUUCCCAAGUCACUUGAGGACGAUCCUGCCACUGCUCGUUGCGUCAAAGCUGGAAAGCUGGUUCUCGAUCGUCUGUACAAAGAGGACUAUGAGAAGACCAAGGCCAAGAACCACAUCCCUCCAGACAUGCUGGAGAUCCUGUCUGCACGCAAUACCCAGUCCACCGUCAGCGGCAUCAACUACCGCAAAUAUCUGCACCAGUGGAUGUGCAUGCCUGACAUGCAGAUGUAUGUCCAAGCACGCAAAGUCAACGAGCAGCUCAGUGACAUCUUCUACAAGGAUGAUCUGAACUGGCUGAAGGGUAUCGGCUGCUAUGCCUGGGACACUCCAGAGAUCCUGCGUGUCAAGCACGCUGGCAACCUCCAGAGUGAGAACAAGUACAGAGCCAAAGGUGUCGAAUCUUUCAAAGAGUAUUCUGUGGUGACAGACACUCCAGUGUAUGAGACAGCCAAGCAGAACGCUCAGAACCUGAGUGAUCUUCACUACCGCUAUGACUACAACGCCAAUGUCAAGGGCACCAACACCUCUCCUGCUGUUACCAUUGAGACAGAAAGAGCUCGCAUGGCCAACUACAUCCAGAGUGAUAACUGGUACAAGGAGGGCAACAAGCACUUCAUGCCCACUGGUUACUCGCUGCCCAGCGACACCCCGCUCAUCAAGCAGGCUAAGAUGAACAGCGUUGUCGCCAGCAACGUGAAAUACAAGGAGGCCUAUGAAAUGAUGAAGGCUAAGGCCUACACUCUUCAUCCAGAGGGUGUCAACUUUGUCAAUAUUAGGAAAGCCAACAAGAUCACCAAUGAGCGUCUGUAUCGUGAGGUCUACCAGAAACAAAAGGACAAGAUCCACACAACCUACGACACCCCUGAUAUCAGACAAGUCAAGAUGAACCAGGAGCACCUCAGCAAUUUGUGCUACAAAGAGAAAUACAACAGUACCAAGGGCCAGCUGAUCUCUAUGCCCAUUACGCCCGAGCUCAUGCACUGUUACCACGUCAAUGAGAUCACCAGUGAGCUGAAAUACAAAGAGGAUCUGAUGUGGCUGAGAGGCCUCGGCUGCUUCUUGUACGACACCCCAGAGAUGGUCCAUGUCCGCAACAUCACCAAGCAGAGGGUGAACUACCCAGUGGAUGCUAAGAAGAACCUUUCUAACUUCACCGUGGUCCUGGACACACCCGAGUACAAUCGGGUGACUGAGUUGAAGACACACAUGAGCGGCCGCGUCUACAAAGCCCAGAGCAAGGAGGAGAUGGCUAAGGUUACCACCACUGUGGACUCUGUGGAGAUUCUGAGAGCCAAGUGGGCCCAGCAGCUGACUAACAAGUACAUGUACACAGAUCUGGCUGCAAAGGAGAGAGCUCAUUUCACGCCAGAAAUUGACACUCCAAAUAUCGGCCAUGCCAGAAAAAUGAAAGUGGUCUGCAGUGAUAACAAAUACAAGGAGCAGUAUGAGAAGAUGAAGCACAGGUACACUGCCAUUGCUGAUACACCUAUCCUGAUCCGUUCCAAGAAAGCCUACCUCCAGUCCAGUGAUCUGCGUUACAAGGAGACAUUUGAGCUUUCCAAGGGCCACUACCGCACAGUCAAGGAUGCUCUGGACAUCACCUACCACCGCAGAGUCACUGACGACAUCAGCGAGGUUAAAUACAGGGAAAAGUACAUUAACAGUCUGGGUACAUGGAAGUCCAUCCCAGACCGUCCUGAGUUCUUCUUCAGCAGAAUUGUCAACGAUAACGUCAGCAACGUCAAGUACAAGGAGGACCUGGAGUGGCUGAAGGGUAUCGGCUGCUUUGUGUGGGACACACCUGAGCUGGUGCAGGCUGAGAGGAACAAGCAGCUGUACAGUGAGAGACUGUACAAAACUUCCUUUGAGAAGAACAGAGCCAACUUCAAGUAUACUUGCGACACUCCAUUCUUCCAGGCUGCCAAGAAUGCCUCCAUUCUCAUCAACGAUAGGGCCUACAGAGCUAAUUAUGAGAAGACCAAGGAUAAGUUCACCAUUACUACAGAAGAUCCUAGAUACCAGCUGGCCAGGGAAAACAGGAAGAUGAGCCAGUGGAGGUACAGGGAGCAGUACGAACGUGCCAAAGACAAGUUCACCUCUGUCCUGGAGACCCCCGAAUAUGAGACCCACAAGCGCAGCAAGAAGAUCAGUGAUAUCAUCUACAAAAUGGAGUACAACAAGACCAAGGCUAAGGGUUACACCUUGCCUUAUGACACUCCACACCAAAACCACAUGAAGAAGGUCAAGGAGAUCACCAGCAAUCUGAAGUACAAAGAGGUGUAUGAGAAGAGCAAAGCCCAGAUCAACAUGGACCCUGAGGCUCAUGAGAUUCGUGCCGCCAAGGAGGCCUACAGGAACAUCAGCAAUCUUGACUAUAAGAAGAAGUAUGAAGCAACCAAAAACAAGUGGAUCUGGACUACUGACAGACCUGACUUUGUCAACGCUGCCAAAAACACUUUGCAACAGAGUGAUGUUGAGUACAAGUAUGACAAAGAGAUGAUGAAGGGCUGUGUGAUACCUGUAGUUGAUGACAAGUACACAAUCCUGUACAAGAAGAACGCUGAAAUUGCCAGUGAUGUCAAGUACAAAGAGAAGUAUGAGAAAUCAAAGGGCCAGUAUGUGCCUGUUCAGGAUACUCCUCAGAUUCUCCAUGCCAAGGCUGUGCGUACUCUGGUAUCAGAGAGCAAAUACAAGGAGGCCAGUAAGAAGGACAUGCAGUCCGGCUCCUUCACCACCUUGUCUGAGACUCGUGACACUGCUCACAGCAAGGAGAUCAACAAGCUUAUCAGCGGGAAACUGUACAAAGCCAAGUUUGAGAAGGAAAAGGGCAAGUCAGUGUACAACAACAUGUUGGUGCCACCUGAUGUUCAGCACGCAAUGGACGUGGCCAAGAAUCAGAGCAAUUUCGCCUAUAAGAAAGAUGCCAAAGCCAACCUGCACUACACCUCUGUAGUCGACCGUCCUGACAUCAAGAAAGCUACUCAGGCUGCGAAACUUAUCAGUGAGGUUGGCUACCGUGAGAAGGCCCGUGAAGAGGCCAGCCGUGGAGGUUCUCUGGUCCACCGCCCAGACAUCGCUUUGGCAACUGAGGUGUCCAAGCUGACCAGCCAGGUGGAGGCCAAGACCUCCCUCCAUGGAGCUGCUUCCUAUGAUACCCCCCAGAUGCGCCACAUUAAGAAAAUGAGUGCGGUGACUAGUGAUGUGAAGUACAAGGAGAAGUUUGAUAAGGAGGUGAAAGGAAAGAAACCACAAUAUGACCUGAAGGAGAGUAAGAUUUACAAGACUUUGAAGGAUGCCAAUACACUGGCUAGUGAGGUGAAGUACAAGGGUGACCUGAAGAAGAUUCACAAACCUGUUACCGACAUGGCCGAGUCUCUGUCCAUGCAGCACAGCCUGAGCACCAGCAAACUGUCCAGCCAAUACCGCUACAAGAAGAAAUUUGAGGAGAGUAAGGGUCACUACCACAUGAUUCCUGACACACCAGAACAGCUCCAUCUCAAGGAGGCUUCUGAACUUCAGAGCAACGUGAAAUACAAGGAGAAGUAUGAGAAGGAGAAGGGCAAACCCAUGCUGGACUUUGAGACGCCCACAUAUGUGACUGCUAAGGAGGCCCAGCACAUGCAGAGCCAGAAAGACUAUAGGAAGGACUUUGAGGAGUCCAUGAGGGGAAAGAACCUCUCAGGCUUGGAGGUCACCCCUGCCAUGAUUCAUGUCAGACACGCCACCAAAAUAGCCAGUGAGAGAGAAUACAGGAAGGAUCUAGAGGAGGGAGUGAAGGGUAAAGGGCUAACUGCACUGGAGGAAACUCCGGAGCUUUUGAGAGCAAGGAAUGCCACUCAAAUCCUGUGUGAGAGAGAGUACAAGAAGGCGCUGGAGCAGGAGAUCAAGGGCAAGGGAAUGCUGGCUUUGGCUACAGACACCCCAGACUUCAUGAGAGCCAGGAAUGCUACUGACAUCCUCAGCCAGACUAAGUACAAACAGACCGCUGAGAUGGACAGAGCCAGCUACACGACUGUCAUCGACACCCCUGACAUCAUCCACGCUCAGCAGAUGAGGAACAUCGUUAGCCAGAAAAAGUACAAAGAGGAGGCUGAGAAGACCAUGUCUCACUAUGUACCAGUCCUGGACACUCCCGAGAUGCAGAGAGUCCGUGAGAACCAGAGGAACUUCAGCACUCAUCUAUACCAGGUUGACCUUAAAAACAUAAAGGGCAAAGUGUCUACUGUAAAGGACACUCCUGAAAUGCUCCGUGUUAAAGAGAAUACAAAGAAUUUCAGCUUGAUUCAGUACAAAGAGGAUUUGGGAGGUGGAACAGCUUUGCCCGAGACCCCUGAGAUGGAGAGAGUUAAACGUAACCAGCGGAACAUUAGCACGAUACAGUACAAGGAUUCUGUGGGUCAAGGCACAGCCAUCCCAGAUCUCCCUGAGAUGAAGCGGGUCCGAGAAACCCAGAAGAAUAUCAGCCUGUGUCAAUACAAAGAAGGAGUGGGACAAGGCACAUCAGUAUCAGAGACCCCAGAGAUGGAGAGAGUUAAACGCAAUCAGCAUAAUAUUAGCACGAUAAAAUACAAGGACUCUCUGGGUCGAGGCACGGCUAUACCGGAUCUCCCCGAGGUGCAGCGGGUCAAACAAACCCAGAAGCACAUCAGCUCGGUCUUGUAUAAAGACAGUUCAGCCAAGGCCAAGGGAACUCCCGUGGUGUUUACUCCAGAGAUGGAGCGAGUCAAAAGGAACCAAGAAAACAUUAGCUCGGUGCUGUACUCUGACAGUUUCCGUAAGCAGGUCCAGGGCAAAGCUGCCUUCGUCCUGGACACACCUGAGAUGAGGCGCGUCAGGGAGACCCAGCGUAUCAUUUCUGGAGUGAGAUACCACGAGGACUUUGAGAAGAGCAAGGGCAGCUUCACUCCCACCACCUCCGACCCGGUGACGGACCGCGUGAAGAAGAACACUCAGGACUUCAGCGACAUCAGCUACCGCGGCAUCCAGAGGCGUGUGGUGGAGAUGGAGAGGAGACGGGCCAUAGAGCACGACCAGGAGACCAUCACCGAUCUGCGUGUCUGGCGCACAAACCCCGGCUCUGUGUUCGACUAUGAUCCUGCUGAAGACAACAUCCAGUCCAGGAGUCUGCACAUGAUGUCAGUCCAAGCUCAGCGUCGCAGCAAGGAGCACUCCCGCUCCACCAGCGCCCUGAGCGGCAUGGCUGACGAGAAGUCUGAGGUGUCCCAGGACGCCGACCACCACAUGUCCCUCUACAGCAACGGCUUCAUGGCCUCCUCUAUCGGCUACCAACAAACCAAGACUGUGGAGCUGCAGCAGAGGUCAUCAUCAGUGGCCACCCAGCAGACCACAGUGUCCUCCAUCCCCUCUCACCCCUCCACCACCGGGAAAACUGUGCGUGCCAUGUACGACUACUCUGCCGCCGACAACGACGAGGUGUCCUUCAAAGACGGAGACGUCAUCGUCAACGUGCAGUCCAUUGACGAGGGCUGGAUGUACGGCACCGUGCAGCGCACCGGCAAGACCGGCAUGCUGCCAGCCAACUACGUUGAAGCGAUUUAAAGACACAGCCCGCCCAUCGUCCCUCCGGAGUGGGCGAGACGCAUCCACCAGGCAAAAUGGAUUGGUCUCCCUCUGAUCACACCUGUGGCUUUGUGCAAUGUUUAGCUUUUAGUUUGUUGUAGCUCUGUAUUUAAACUGUGUUGUUUUUCUUGUCGGUAAGUCUAUAACCAUUCAUACUCUGCUGCUCCACCGGUGCCUGUGGAUGUGACACAAGCUUCAUGACAUGACACAUAUAAAUAUUUCUGAUUAUACAUAAUGUGCCUACUUUGAAUGACAGACUGUUUUAGAUUGUUCUGAGACACACAAGACUCACUAACGUACAGCCUGGCCCAUUAUUUUGUACAUUUAAAAAAAGUUAAUAUACAUUAUUUAAUAGAACAGAGUAUUUUCUCCUAAACACAAAGGGCCAAGAAGUUCCAGUUCUGCCUUUAAUGGAGAUUCUAUGGAGAGAAAAGAAAGGAUGAAACUUAUAAGGAGAUAGUUACCAUCUACCUCCUCUAUGAUUUAACCACUCCUGAAGAGUUGUAUGAGACAAGCCUCAGUCUUCCCUCCUUUAUAAUGAAGGCUGGCCACUAGUAGAAUGUGUGUUUUGUUUCUUCCGAUUAUUUAGGUCCUGGCUAAGGCGUGUCCUCUACCUUUAAUCAGUAGCUAAUAAAGCACACCAAGCUCCUGCAGCA